AUGCCAGAGGCUGGGCGCAGGCGCAGAGCGCCGCCGAGCCAAAUUCAAAUCACUUUCACACUAAGAGCCAAAAGAUCAGUUUUCAAAGGCGAGAGAGAGAGAGGGAGAGGGAGAGAGGGAGCAAGAGCCCGGGCUGCGGAGAGGGAGAGAGAGAGAGAGAGGGAGAAGACGGGGAGGCAGUGGCGAGAGGCGGGCGGGCAGUGGCGAGAGACGGGCAGCGGGAGAGGAGGGAGAGAGGCGCACGGAGCCCGCGGAGCUGGAGGGGGAGAAAGGGAGGCGGGAGGCGAGCGGGCGAGAGACGCGCCAGAGAUUCAUGGGCAGGGAGGGCUCAAUGGCCGCGCCGCGCUGGCCGGCCGGCCGCCCGCUCGCUCGCUCGGGUCAUGUUACACGGCCGGGGCCGCGGCGGCCGCCCAGGCUCAGCGACGCGCGCACGCGGCCCGGAGGGGGCCCCGGGGUCAUGAUGACGCGCCGCGCGCGCAGGGACGGGGCGCUCUCCCGGCCCGCGCACUCUCGAGCGGCCCAGAUGGGGGAAAGGGAGAGAGGGAGAGUGAGAGAGCGGGGUCCCGGGAGGUACUGGGAGGUGGGGUGGGGUGGCGGGGAGGAGCCUUUCUUUCCCACGCGUGA